CCAGAAAAAAAAAAUGUUGGUGGAGUUACAAGAGUAAUACAACAAACCCAAGAUCAGAAGUAAACGACGUGGGAAGGCCAUUGGACAGGCCCAUUAAGUUUAGAGGAUGGAGCGUGUAGGAAACAAACAAAUUUUCCACACGCGCGCCCCCUUUCUUCUUCGUUUAUCACUAGCGCAUAGCCCUAACCCUAGUACUUAAACCUAAAACCAAUCGACCAAGAAAUCGAAGAGCGAGACGAUCGUAACCUAAGAAGCUUGAUUCCCAUGGAUUCGCAACCGAGCGAUCUCUUUGAUACGGCAUCUCAGCCCGAUACGGCGGUGGACGCGUACACCUUCCUUGAAUUCAAUUCCCAAGGCGACUCGGAGUUCGAUUUCCCAGAGUUCCGAUCACCGAACGCAUGGCCUACACCGUCUGAUUCCAUCUCCGUCGUGGAGCCUUCCGAUCGCGGCGGCGGAGGAGUACCUGCCGCGGAUCACCAUUCCGAGGCCUCCUCGCCUUCUUCCCUGUCUGCCAAGGCCGGACGUGGUGGUAGCAGCAGUCAGGCGGAUGCGUUGGCUGCGGGGAUUGGAAAUUUGAACUUCGAGGAGACUGGUGAUGAUGACGGUUUCGAUUACGGAAAGAAUGAUUUCACGGAGCACGCUUGUAAGUAUUGUGGUAUCUCGAACCCGGCUUGCGUUGUUAGGUGUAAUGUGGCCUCCUGUAGAAAGUGGUUCUGCAAUUCAAGGGGAAACACCUCCGGCUCCCACAUCGUCAAUCAUCUGGUUCGAGCCAAACACAAGGAGGUUUGUCUCCAUAGAGACAGUCCGUUGGGUGAAACAAUUCUCGAAUGCUACAACUGUGGAUGUCGGAAUGUCUUUCUUCUCGGUUUCAUCUCAGCAACUACAGACAGUGUUGUCGUCCUUCUCUGUAGAGAUCCUUGUUUGAAUGUGAAUGCUCUCAAGGAUAUGAACUGGGACCUAAGCCAGUGGUGUCCCUUGAUUGACGAUAGGUGUUUCCUCCCCUGGCUUGUUAAGGUUCCGUAUGAGCAAGAGCAGCUGAGGGCACGACAAAUUAGUGCACAGCAAAUAAACAAAAUAGAGGAAUUAUGGAAGACAAAUCCGGAUGCUACCCUUGAAGACCUUGAAAAACCUGGCGUAGACGAUGAACCUCAGCCUGUUCAACCUAAGUAUGAAGAUGCUUAUCAGUAUCAAAACGUGUUUGCUCCUCUUAUUAAACUCGAAGCAGAUUAUGACAAGAUGAUGAAAGAAUCUCAGAGCAAGGAAAACCUCACAGUUCGGUGGGAUAUUGGUCUGAACAAGAAGCGUGUUGCCUACUUCGUCUUCCCAAAGGAGGAAAAUGAAUUGCGAUUGGUGCCGGGUGAUGAACUACGUCUACGCUACUCAGGAGAUGCUGCUCAUCCAGCUUGGCAAUCAGUUGGACAUGUGGUCAAGCUAACUGCCCAAGAGGAGGUUGCUCUUGAACUACGAGCUAAUCAGGGAGUUCCAAUCGACGUGAACCAUGGAUUCUGUGUUGAUUUUGUGUGGAAAAGUACAAGUUUUGAUCGGAUGCAGGGAGCAAUGAAAAAUUUUGCUGUAGAUGAAACGAGUGUGAGUGGUUAUAUUUACCAUCAGCUAUUGGGACAUGAAGUUGAGGCGCAGUUGGUCCGGAACCCACUUCCUCGACGUUUUGGGGUACCAGGUCUUCCAGAACUGAAUGCAUCUCAGAUUAAUGCGGUGAAGAGUGUCCUUCAGAAGCCCAUCAGUUUGAUCCAAGGUCCACCUGGCACAGGCAAAACUGUGACUUCUGCUGCAAUUGUGUAUCACAUGGCAAAACAGGGCCAGGGACAGGUUCUCGUUUGUGCCCCAAGUAAUGUUGCGGUCGACCAGCUAGCAGAAAAAAUUAGUGCUACUGGUUUAAAGGUUGUUCGACUUUGUGCAAAGUCAAGGGAAGCUGUAAGUUCGCCUGUUGAGCAUUUGACCCUUCACUACCAGGUACGACAUCUUGACACUUCUGAGAAGAGCGAGCUGCAUAAGCUACAGCAAUUGAAAGAUGAACAAGGUGAGCUGUCAAGCAGUGAUGAAAAGAAAUACAAAAAUUUGAAAAGAGCAACAGAACGCGAGAUAACUCAGAGUGCUGAUGUCAUUUGCUCUACUUGUGUUGGUGCUGCGGAUCUUCGGCUGUCAAAUUUUAGAUUUAGACAGGUCCUUAUUGAUGAGUCUACUCAGUCUACAGAACCUGAGUGUCUUAUUCCUUUGGUCCUCGGGGUAAAACAGGUUGUUCUUGUUGGUGAUCAUUGUCAGCUUGGCCCCGUAAUUAUGUGCAAGAAAGCAGCUCGUGCUGGCUUGGCACAGUCUCUCUUUGAACGCCUUGUGCUUCUUGGCAUUAAACCAAUUAGAUUGCAGGUUCAAUAUCGUAUGCAUCCAGCGUUGUCCGAGUUUCCAUCCAAUAGCUUCUAUGAAGGAACACUACAGAAUGGAGUCACGGUUAAUGAAAGGCUAACAACAGGGAUUGAUUUCCCCUGGCCCGUACCUAAUAGGCCCAUGUUUUUCUAUGUUCAGCUGGGGCAAGAGGAGAUCAGUGCUAGUGGAACAUCAUACCUAAAUAGAACCGAGGCUGCUAAUGUGGAGAAACUUGUGACCGCUUUCUUAAAGAGUGGAGUUGUCCCCAGUCAGAUUGGAGUGAUAACUCCGUACGAGGGACAGAGGGCAUAUAUUGUUAAUUACAUGGCAAGAAAUGGUUCUCUCCGACAGCAACUUUACAAGGAAAUUGAGGUUGCCAGUGUUGAUUCUUUUCAAGGAAGAGAAAAAGAUUACAUCAUAUUGUCCUGUGUCAGAAGUAACGAGCAUCAGGGCAUUGGAUUCCUUAAUGAUCCACGGAGGCUCAAUGUUGCACUCACACGUGCUCGUUAUGGAAUUGUUAUUCUUGGAAACCCGAAGGUUCUUAGUAAACAGCCUCUGUGGAAUGGCUUGCUGACACAUUACAAGGAACAUGAGUGUUUAGUUGAGGGACCUCUUAAUAAUUUAAAGCAGAGCAUGAUACAAUUCCAAAAACCAAGAAAGAUGUAUAAUGAUCGCAGACCAUUUUAUGGUGGUGGGGCUGGCAUGAUUGGAAAUGAUAAUCCUAAUGCUGACAGAAGAGGCAGCCGUGGAAGGGCUGGUGGUUCUUAUAUGCCUUCUGGCCCACCUAGUGGUUCGAGAUUACACCCAGCUGGCUACCCAAUACCCAGGGUGCCAUUUUCACCGUUUCCUGGUGGUCCUCCUUCUCAGCCAUAUGCUAUUCCAACUCGUGGACCUGUUGGUACUGGUCGUGGAAGUUCAGUUGGGGGCCACCUUCCCCACCAACAAGCCACCCAGCAUAAUGUUGGAACUAUUGGCCCUAAUGUGAACUUCCCCCUUGAUAGUCCAAAUAGCCAGCCUUCACCUGGUGGUCCGCUAUCCCAACCUGGAUAUGGAAGCCAAGCAUUCAGGGAUGGUUUUAUGGGCGGCAUUUCUCAGGAUUUCUUAGGUGAUGAUUUCAAGAGCCAGGGAUCUCAUGUUCCUUACAACAUGGGCGACUAUUCUACACAGGGAGGAUAUGCGGUUGAUUAUGCCACACAAGGAGCCCAUGGAGCUUUUCCUGGAAACUUUAUGAACCAGAAUUCUCAAGGGGGUUAUUCUCGUUUCAGUGGGAGUAAUGAUUUCAUGUCCCAGGAGUAUAUGCCGCAUGGAGCACAAGGUCUUUUCACCCAAGCUGGCUUUAUCGACUCAUCUCAGGAUGAUGGACAACAGAAUCCUUUUGGUGUGAACAAUCCUAAUCUUCAGUCUCAGGGUCUCCCGAAUUCACUCUACUCGCAGCCUUUCUCACACUACACCCAGCCACUAAACCUUUCAGGCCCACAGCAAUCUCAACCUCCUAACCAAGGCUCACAAAACCCAAAACCUCCUCACAACGGCUAAAGAUGACACAUGCAGAAGCUGAAUGCAAACGGGUUUGUAAACCUUUUUUUUUGCAAAUUCAGCAGUUUGGUAUCAUGCUAUCACGGCUCCAAACAAACAUCUGGUGGCUUCUCGGGGUGCUUGCAAGUUACGUGCCUUUCUGGCUCGCUUAGCAACAGGUAAUGAUGAUGCAGAGAGACAUGUACCUAAGUAACCCGAGGAGAUUCUUGGUCCAUACAUCCUCUGGGCUUAUAUAAAUGUUUGGUUUUGCCGUGUAAUAUUAUAAUAUCAUCCUCUUAUUGUAGUUUAUAUCUGAAGCUACCCUUAGUUAAAAAUCGGUGUUGGUGUCUGGUGAUAUUGAUAUGAGUACUGCAAACUCUCUUGCCUUUAUUUAUUUUUUUCUGGAUA